GCCACGCCCACCGGCGGAGUCCUGCGGGCGGUGGGCGCCCUCUGACAGUCUGUGACCUGGACUCUGCGUGGCGAGAUCCGGAAUCAACAUGGCAGCGGCGUUUAGGAGAAGCUGCCGGGUCCUGAGAAGUAUUGCUCAUUUUGAGUGGAGAUCACAACAUACACAAGUUUCUCAAAAACAUGAACCAGGAACAGGAUUUAGCUUUGAACUCAGUGAGCAGCAGAAAGAAUUUCAAGCUACUGCUCGAAAAUUUGCCAGAGAGGAAAUAGUCCCAGUGGCUGGAGAAUAUGAUAAAAGUGGUGAAUAUCCUUUCCCCAUAAUCAAAAGAGCCUGGGAACUUGGUUUAAUCAAUACACACAUUCCACAGAGUUGCGGAGGUCUUGGACUUGGAACUUUUGAUACUUGUUUAAUUACUGAAGAAUUGGCUUAUGGAUGUACGGGAGUUCAAACUGCUAUUGAAGCAAAUUCUUUAGGGCAAAUGCCUGUUAUUAUUGCUGGAAAUGAUCAACAACAAAAGAAGUAUUUAGGGAGACUGACAGAGGAGCCAUUGAUGUGUGCCUACUGUGUAACAGAACCUGGAGCGGGCUCUGAUGUAGCUGGCAUAAAGACCAAAGCAGAAAAGAAAGGAGAUGACUAUAUCAUCAAUGGUCAGAAGAUGUGGAUAACCAAUGGAGGAAAAGCUAGUUGGUAUUUUUUAUUGGCGCGUUCUGAUCCUGAUCCUAAAACUCCCGCCAGCAAAGCUUUUACUGGAUUUAUUGUGGAAGCAGAUUCCCCAGGAAUACAGAUUGGAAAAAAGGAAUUAAACAUGGGCCAGCGAUGUUCAGAUACAAGAGGAAUUGUCUUUGAAGAUGUCAAAGUACCAAAAGAAAAUGUCUUAAUUGGUGAAGGAGCUGGUUUCAAAAUUGCAAUGGGAGCUUUUGACAGAACCAGACCCCCAGUAGCAGCUGGUGCCGUUGGAUUGGCACAGAGAGCUUUGGAUGAAGCUACCAUGUAUGCUCUGGAAAGGAAGACAUUUGGGAAGCUGCUUGUAGAGCACCAAGGAGUAUCAUUUUUGCUGGCAGAAAUGGCAAUGAAAGUUGAACUAGCUAGAUUAAGUUACCAAAGAGCAGCUUGGGAGGUUGAUGCUGGCCGUCGAAAUACCUAUUAUGCCUCUAUUGCAAAGGCGUUUGCUGGAGAUAUUGCAAAUCAGCUAGCUUCUGAUGCUGUGCAGAUUUUUGGAGGAUAUGGAUUUAAUACAGAGUAUCCUGUUGAAAAACUAAUGAGGGAUGCCAAGAUCUAUCAGAUUUAUGAAGGUACUUCACAAAUCCAAAGGCUAAUUAUUGCCCGUGAACACAUUAGCAAGUAUAAAAAAUAAAACAGAUUACUAUAAAAUCAUGGUUUAGCACUGAAUAACUGCAGUAAAAUCUACUCCUUUUUUGUUUUCCAUCCACUUGUAUUCUUCAAAAAGAAAAAGGGCUUUUACAUUCUUUUCAAUGAAAGAAUAUAAAUAAACAUUGAUAUUCUAUUAGAUGUCGACAGUUGAUUCUAAUAGUACUUUCUACUUCUUUGUAACUCUUUUCUUUUUUCAAAUGGAUCUGGUUUAAUUGAAAUUAUGUGUUGUCUUUACCAACAGUAUUUGAAUUUUAUUAACCCAGAAAAAUACAUUUGUCAUUUUGAUCUUUUAAAAUUAGUCAUAGUUGCAGAAAUACCUUGAAAUUUUAUUUUUCCUUUGACAAAAAAAAAACUUAUUAAGAACUCAGAGAAUAUUCCAAAACUUACAGUUAAAAAUUGGAUACCAUCAAACAAAACUUGCCAGUGACUUUGUAAACUUAAUGUUAUUUUAGUACUGAAGUAAUUCAUUUUAUAAUUUCAAAGGCAUAUUUUCAAUUUGUCAUAAUAAUAGUAAAGAUUUAUGUAUUCUCCCCUUUAUAAAACUAUGACAAAUUUCUUGAAAAUCUUAUUGAAACCAUGCUCAUUUCUCACUUAUCUUAUUUAAAAUAAUGAGUAAAGCUUGCCUUAAAUUGGUUUAAAUGACUUACUUUUUCUGUUACUGUUUCCCUAUUAUAUACAUUUAAUGUGCAUGCAUUCUGAAAAAGAGCCUAAAUAAAAUAAUCUGUUAUGAGCUUAA